UGAUCCUGGGCAUGAGGCUGGCGAGCUGCAACAAGUCGUGCGGGAUGAACUCGGAUGGCAUCAUCUUCGUGUCAGAGGGCAGCACGGUAAACUUGAGGCUCUACGGCCACAGCCUGGGGGCGAUCUCCAGCAACCUGAUCUCCUUUACUGAGGUGGACGACGCCGAGACGGUCCACAACUCCACCAACUGCCUGGAGCUCACCAAGGACUUAGUGGUCCAGCGGCUGGUCAACGUGAGCCGCGGGAACACGUCGGGGAUGCUAGUGGUGCUCACCAAGUUCCUGCGGAGGAGCGAGAACAUGAAGCUGUACGCACUGUGCACCCGGGCCCGGUCUGACGGGCCCUGGCUCAAAUGGACGGACAAGGACUCCCUGCUCUUCAUGGUGGAGGAGCAUGGGAGGUUUCUGCCGCUGUGGCUGCACAUCCUUCUCGUUUUGGUGCUCUUAGUGCUGUCGGGCAUAUUUUCUGGCCUCAACCUGGGGCUUAUGGCCCUGGACCCGAUGGAGCUACGCAUCGUGCAGAACUGUGGAACUGAAAAGGAGAGAAGGUACGCCCGCAAGAUAGAGCCCAUCCGGCGCAAGGGCAACUACUUGCUCUGCUCGCUGCUCCUAGGGAAUGUGCUAGUCAACACCUCCCUCACCAUCCUUUUAGACAACCUCAUCGGGUCUGGCAUCAUGGCAGUGGCCUCCUCCACCAUUGGCAUUGUCAUCUUUGGGGAGAUCUUACCUCAAGCCCUGUGCUCCCGACAUGGGCUGGCUGUGGGUGCCAACACUAUUGUUCUCACCAAAAUCUUUAUGCUGAUCACCUUUCCUCUGAGUUUCCCCAUUAGCAAACUCCUGGACUUCGUCUUGGGUCAGGAGAUUCGCACUGUUUACAAUCGGGAGAAGCUGAUGGAGAUGCUGAAGGUGACAGAACCCUAUAACGACCUAGUGAAGGAGGAAUUAAAUAUGAUCCAGGGUGCCCUGGAACUAAGGACCAAAACUGUGGAGGAUAUCAUGACCCAGCUCCACGACUGCUUCAUGAUCCGCAGUGAUGCCAUCCUGGACUUCAACACCAUGUCGGAGAUAAUGGAAAGUGGCUAUACUCGCAUUCCCGUGUUUGAAGAUGAGCAAUCCAAUAUCGUAGAUAUCCUUUAUGUCAAAGACUUGGCCUUCGUGGACCCUGAUGACUGCACCCCGCUCAAGACUAUCACUCGCUUCUACAACCACCCGGUUCAUUUUGUUUUCCAUGACACCAAGCUGGAUGCCAUGCUGGAGGAAUUCAAGAAGGGGAAGUCCCACCUGGCCAUUGUGCAGAAGGUGAACAAUGAAGGUGAGGGUGACCCCUUCUACGAGGUGCUGGGCUUGGUCACUCUGGAGGACGUCAUUGAGGAGAUCAUCAAGUCUGAGAUCCUGGAUGAGUCGGACAUGUACACUGACAAUCGAACCCGGAAACGGGUAUCUAUGAAGAACAAACGUGACUUCUCUGCCUUCAAGGAUGCUGACAACGAACUUAAAGUAAAAAUCUCACCUCAGCUCCUUCUGGCUGCUCAUCGAUUCCUGGCCACAGAGGUACCCCAGUUUAGCCCCUCUCUGAUAUCAGAGAAAAUCCUCCUCCGGCUGCUCAAAUACCCAGACGUCAUUCAGGAACUCAAGUUUGAUGAGCACAACAAGUACCACAUCCACCAUUACCUGUACACCCGGAACAAGCCGGCUGACUACUUCAUCCUCAUCCUGCAGGGGAAGGUGGAAGUAGAAGCAGGAAAGGAGAACAUGAAGUUUGAGACGGGCGCCUUCUCCUACUAUGGGACCAUGGCCCUAUCCACGGUAACCUCGGACCGGUCCCCAGCCCACCCAACUCCACUCAGCCGCUCAGCCUCCCUCAGUUACCCAGACCGCAAUGCAGACAUGCCGUCCUCCUCAGCGAUGGCAGGCAGCAACCAGUUUGGCAGCUGCCUUCUGGGCCAGUAUGUGUCUGACUUCAGUGUCCGAGCGCUCACAGACCUGCAGUACAUUAAGAUCACGAGGCAGCAGUACCAGAAUGGGCUGAUGGCCUCCCGCAUGGACAACAGCCCUCAGCUCGCUUUGGAUGGCUGUGCCACUUGCUCAGAGAACUUUUCUGAGAAGUCUGAGCUGCCUGUAGUGGAUGAGACCACGACUCUUCUCAAUGAACGAAAUUCCUUGCUGCACAGAGCCUCCCAGGAGGGUGCUAUCUGACAGGAGGGCCCGGGGACUCCUGCCUACCCUGCAGGGGUCUCCCCAGUGGGCCCAUAUGACGUCAGGGAGCCUGUUAGGCUAGAAGGGGUGCAGGUUGAUAUCCUGCGUGACUGAGCAACUAGGCAUCCCUCCCAGGGGAUCUGGCUGCAGAUGGGGACCUCUUAACAGCUCUGAGAUGAUGCCUGCCUAGCUAGUAAGCAAAGGAUGUUUUUGUCUUUUUUUUUUUUUUUUUUUUAAACACUGAGAGGAUUUUAAAGCUAGGCUCAUUGCUCCUCUUUUUAAAUAUCAUUUUGGGAAGGGAAGACAGGGUUAAGGAACUUUAUGUUAAAAAAAUUUUUUUUCAAGAAACCCUACAAACUUUAAAAGGGGAGGAGGGUUCCUCACCCCAGGAAGCAACAGCCAUAAUGUGUUCCUGGCCAAACCCUUGCAGCCUGCAUCUGUUGCUCAAGGAGCCACUCUUCUACAGCAGUGGGGGCCUGGAGCCCACAGGAGGGGACUCCUGGGGGAAAGACAGUUCUACCUAGAAAGAGAUCCAAAUGAUCCUGACAUCAACUGCUAGGAUACAUGCACCAAGGUCACUGAGGCUGACAUGAUGACCCUGGCAACAGAGAGGACUACAUCUACUCUUGUCAACUACCAGAUCCAGGGAUCUCCUAGAACUCUGUCCACAGGCUUUCCUGGUGAGUCAGGACUCAGCCGAGAACCACCCCCUGGCUCUCAUCUUCUUCUUUGGACAAUUUUCUCCUGUAAGGGUCUGGCUCCAAGAGUUAGGCAUGGUCUUUGGCUCUACAGUCGAUUAUCUGCUUCUGGGCCAUGCCCUCAGUUUUACCAAAGGUUUCCUCUUGGAGGGGACAGCACCUACGUUAGAGGUGACUUGCCGGAUACUCCUUUUGGUUCCAGGGCUGAAUGUAACUGUAGGUAUCUGUGUUAGCAGUUACUGCUAUACCCACCCACACCUGCAAGAAGAAUCAGGGUUCAGCAGUUCACCCACGGAGACUUCUUCCCCAACUCCCCAUUCUGAUUUCUAUACUUAUCCCUCUAGGAACUGGGGACAGGACAUGUUGGAAGCCACCCAAGCUGGGUUAUCACACCCUUACCUGUGUAGCUGGCUGAGGAUCCCACCCGACCUCAUUUGCUCAUUUAAGGACCCCCAGGAAAGGAGGGUUUCACCUGAUGGCAUGCAGUGGCUAGCCCGGUCCUCUUUGCCUGAGGAUUACCCUAGUGAGAGGACAAAGUUAAGCUUGGGCUUACACUGUUGGUACUGUUAAGCAAUGUACACCAUGUGAAAUCCUACCCCAAUUGCCACCCUGGGAAACCAGAGUAGAAUCAGGCUGUGGUUUAGAGCUCCACACCUCUAUUGUUAGGAGACUUUAGGACCAAGGGCCACAUCUUCCCUUUUGUUGGUACGUAAGAUCCAGGGAAGUAAGACCGCAGGCCUUUUGUGUAAUAUAUAUCCACUCCUUUCCUCAGCCAGUGGAGUCCUGUCACCCCAAGUACUCUGCUGUCUGUGUACUCAGAGAAUCCUAACUCCUAGGACCAAGGUGUCUUGUACCCCUGGUCAGUCUGAGGUCUCUUCCACUCACAGAAUUUACUCCUAGAAGCCUGGCAAAGAAAGGGGUUUUCAAUCGCAAGGGAAAAAAGACACCAGACCUCAUGUCCUUAAGAAACCCUUAGUUUUCCGUAGGUACAGCACGUUCCCAUGUCCCUAGAGGAGCUGCUCCGCUGUGUUCCUGAGAGACCCAAGUACCAGGUAGAACAAAACCAUGCGGUGGGUGUGAGGCAAAAGUAGCAGGUGCGCACACUUCCACAGCUACCUCUCUGCAUACACAGUCACCACCAACAGACAGGCCCCCUCCCCUCCCAGCCCCCCCCCCACUUAGAAUCACUUCUUGCAGAGGGUCAUAAUUGUUUCCAAAUAUUACUGGUCUCCUGACUUCCUCCUCCCAGUGCAAUUUUUCACUUCCUCUUCCAACCUCUGGUUCCUGGGCUGAGCCAUACCCUGGAACUGGCCUGGUCUGUAUGUCUUCCCAGGUAAGGAAGACUUCACAGGUGGCAUCCAAGUGGGUAGGCAAGUCACAGUUGCCGUAGCAAGUGACUCCUAUUUAUUUUGCAUUAAGAUUUUAAUUUGUAUAUUUUUGUGAUUUAUUUUGGCAUUGUUAUGAGUUUGACUCUCGGGGAGUUUUGUUGUUAUGACUCUUGUGUCUUUUGUCACAAAACAAUGAUAAUAUUUGCUAAACAAUAUAUGGAAUUUAUUUUUGAUUGGUAAUAAAAAAUGAAAGGCAUAUAAA